AGACAAGGAAAUAAGCCACCAAAAACACAAUUUUAUCAGCAAAUGAGGUGUUGUAGUUUUUGAUUGUGCCAAUUAACAGCAAUGGAUAACCAAAACAGCAUCUUUCAUUUGCUACACCUUUGAUAAAGUUCUGUUACAUGACCUUUCUACUAACUACCCACUUUUCUUCUACUUCCUUCCUUUCCCUUUUCAAAAGAUUACUUUUUUUUGUGUUUGAGUUGAGGAAAUGGCGAGUCUUGGGGAUAUAGGGGUGUCGGCGCUGAUCAACAUAAUCGGCGCCUUCACAUUCUUGCUGGCGUUUGCCUUGCUGAGAAUCCAGCCAAUCAAUGACAGAGUUUACUUUCCUAAAUGGUACAUUGUUGGGAAGAGGACCAGCCCCAGGAGCUGGGGUGGGGUGGUGGGCAAAUUUGUCAAUCUGAAUAUCAUGACUUACUUCACCUUUCUCAACUGGAUGCCUCAGGCGCUCAAGAUGAGUGAGUCUGAGCUUAUUAGCCAUGCUGGGCUGGAUUCUGCUGUUUUCUUGAGGAUUUACACUCUUGGGUUGAAAAUAUUUGCACCAAUAGCAACUGUGGCACUCUUAAUUCUGAUUCCAGUGAAUGUAUCUGAUGGAAUUCUAUUUUUCUUGCGCCGCGACUUGGUUGUCAAUGACAUCGACAAGCUUUCAAUCUCGAACGUUCGCCCCAAGUCUUAUAAGUUUUUUGUCCACAUAUCAAUGGAGUACUUGUUCACUUUCUGGAUUUGUUACAUGCUUUAUAAGGAAUACAAUAUAGUUGCUUCAAUGCGGCUUAAAUUCUUGGCUUCUCAAGAACGACGUGCUGAACAGUUCACGGUUCUUGUAAGAAACGUACCCCAUAUUUCAGGACGCUCGAUAUCUGACAGCGUUCAAACCUUCUUCCAGAGAAACCAUCCAGAUCAUUACCUAUGUCACCAGGCCGUGUACAACUCUAAUAAGUUUGCCAGGCUCGUUAGACAAAGACAUCGGCUUCAGAACUGGCUCGACUAUUACCAGCUCAAGUUUGGGAGGCAUCCAGACAAGAGGCCUAAGACGAAGAGAGGUUGCCUCGGGCUCUGGGGUAAAAGAAUGGACGCAAUCGACUACUAUAAGGGGCAAAUUCAUUAUCUCGACAAAAAAUUGACGAUGGAGCGCCAAAAGAUUCUAAAAGAUCCUAAAUCCAUAACACCUGCUGCAUUUGUGUCAUUUAAUUCAAGAUGGGGAGCGGCUGUUUGUGCGCAGACACAACAGAGCAAGAAUCCCACACUAUGGCUGACAAAUUGGGCGCCCGAGCCUCGUGAUGUAUACUGGAGGAACGUUACCAUACCAUUUGUUUCACUCAGCAUCCGACAGCUAGUGAUAGCGUUGUCUGUGUUCGCAUUGGUCUUCUUCUACAUGAUACCGAUUGCUUUUGUUCAGUCCUUAGCUAAUCUGGAGGGCUUGGAGAGAGUUGCACCUUUCCUCGGGCCAUUAAUUGAAUGGAGUUUUGUGAAGUCAUUCCUACAAGGUUUCCUUCCCGGGCUUACUCUUAAGAUCUUUCUGUACUAUCUCCCUGGGAUCCUAAUGGUAAUGUCGAAGAUAGAGGGGCACGUAGCAUUUUCAGUGUUGGAACGAAGGACUGCUGCUAAAUACUACUACUUCAUGCUUGUCAACGUGUUUCUAGGCAGCAUCGUGGCAGGAACUGCGUUCCAGCAACUUGAUGCUUUCAUUCACCAAUCUGCUGAGCAAAUCCCGAGAAAUAUUGGUGUAUCCAUACCAAUGAAGGCUACUUUCUUCAUCACAUACAUAAUGGUCGAUGGCUGGGCUGGGAUCGCUUGUGAAAUACUCCGGAUUAGGCCUUUGGUGAUCUUCCACUUGAAGAACAUGUUCAUUGUGAAAACCGAGAGGGACAUGGAGAUGGCGAUGGACCCUGGAGGUGUCGAUCUCCCAGAGGCUUUACCGAGCCUUCAGCUGUAUUUCCUUCUAGGCAUUGUUUACAUGGUCGUUACGCCAAUCCUCCUUCCUUUCAUCCUCGUCUUCUUCGCCUUGGCAUACUUUGUCUAUCGCCAUCAGGUGAUCAAUGUGUAUCACCAGCAAUACGAGAGUGCUGCUGCGUUCUGGCCUCAUGUUCACGGCCGCAUUGUAGCAAGCUUGCUCAUUUCGCAGCUCCUCCUGUUAGGCCUACUGAGCACGAAAGAGGCUGCAAACUCGACUCCGUUGCUAGUGUUGCUGCCCGUGCUGACUCUUUCGUUCCACAAAUACUGCAAGAAUCGCUUUGAGCCUGCAUUCCGAAAGUACCCUCUUGAGGAAGCCAUGUCGAAGGACACACAAGACGGUGCCUCUGCAUCUGACGUGGACGUGAAAUCCUACCUGGCAGACGCAUACCUACACCCCAUCUUCCGGUCAUUCGAGGAGGUGGAGCUCGUGGAAGUGAAGGUCGACACGGAUCCAACCCCGGCCAAGGAAGCCAGCCCUUCACCGAGCGAGCCCAGUUCGCCCUCCCCUGCUCAUCAUGAGCACAAAAAAGAAGAAGAAGACGAAGACGAAGAAGAGGAGGUGUCGCACACUGUGCAGCACUAUGAAUUCGGACAGCCUCACGGCGCGUACCAGUAUGAAGUGGAUCAGCAUCAUCAGGUGUAUCAGUAUGAGCUCCAACAGCCUCCUUACAGUGGCUAUCACUAUCAUCAUGAAGUGGAAUCACCCACCAAUGUACAUAGAUAUGAUGAGAGUAGUGAGUCUCACUAUCACUACUAUCACUAUUGACAUCUGAUUUCUGUUUAAUGGUUUGGUUUUCAAAUGUAAAGAAAGCUCUUAACAGAAAAUAACUACCAUCUUCAGUUACAUAUGUAAAUGAGUUGUUCAAUUUAA